AUGAUUAUUUUGCAACCCGCGUUCAAGUUAUUAACGAUCGGAGGGUGUUGGCGACCGUCACCGUGGACCACGACCGGCAAAAGGAUUUUGUAUGCUUUCUACACGGUCUUUGUGUUCCUUUUGUUGCACAGUUUCUGUUUAUCGCAACUUCUAAACGCGUUGUGGAACGUGCAGACUACGGAUGAUCUCAGCGACAGCUUCUACAUGUUCAUCGCGAACAUUCUGGCCUGUUUCAAGUUGAUCGUGGUACUACUGAAUCAUGAGAAUAUUAAGAUCUUGUGCGAGAAACUGCGGACUCGGCCCUGCGAGCCAAGAAACCGAGAGGAGAUGGCUAUUCAGCGAGACUACGAUCGUAAAAUUGGGUCGGUCACAAUAUAUUAUGCAGCUUUGGUGGAGAUCACUGUCCUCUGCAUGAUUAUCUCCUCAUUACUCACCGAUUUCCGGCACAAGAAACUCGCGUACAACGUUUGGCUGCCGUUCAAUCACUCUUCGGGGCAGCUGUACUACGUCGCGUACGUCCACCAACUUGUAAGCCUGAUCGCCACGUCCAUCUUGAACGUCGCUGGCGACACUAUAUUCUGCGGACUGUGCGUUCAUGCCUGCAGCCAACAAGCAAUUCUGCAGCACAGGUUGAAAGAACUGCCGACACAGGAUAGACCGGAUAUCGGACCGAUCGUGAAAUUCCACAAGUACUUGUACAGAUACUCGUUGACGAUGCAGGAGAAGUUCCAAGCGAUGAUCGGCAUUCAGCUUCUGGCGAGCACCUUGGUAGUGUGCUUUAUUCUCUAUCAGUUGACGAACACGCCGCUGAUGAGCUUGAGGUACCUGCAGUUCGUGUUGUACAUGGUCUGCAUGAUGACGCAGAUAUUCUUUUACUGUUGGUACGGGAACGCGCUCAAGCUGAAGAGCGUCGAGAUGGCGGACGCGAUCUUCGAGAUCGAUUGGAUAAAUCUGGACAACAGCACGAAGCGAAGUCUGAUCAUGAUCAUGAGAAGAGCGACGAAUCCGAUCGAGCUGACCAGCGUGUACGUGUUCACGAUGGACCUGGGCACUUUCGUCAGCGUUAGUCGGACGUUCGAACCGUUUCCGAUUCGACGAUGCCUGCCGGUGAUAACGUUCCGUUCGUUUCAGAUCUUGAGGAUGUCGUACUCGACGUACAACCUGCUUCAGAGAAACGAGGAUUUGUAG